AACAUAUCAAGGGCAAAAUGUUAUUCGAACAUAAACGUUUCAAAGAAAGCGUUGUUUUAGACCAAGUGAGUUUGUUUGAAUGUUUACUUCCGAGAUAUUUCUUUAAAAAUGAUCUCGGUAGUUAUAAUCACGUGUCUCCUUGUUGGUGUCAGUUGCCAGUGCCCAAAGCCAGGGAUGGAUAUGAUUGGGAAAGUAUUUAAAGCUUAUGAUACCGAUGGUAAUUCGAGAAUAUCCAGAAACGAAGGAGUAAUGGUUUUCAGAUCUUCAGACAUAAACAAUGAUGGAUUCGUUUCUGAUGAUGAAUUUUCCACGGAAUGGACAUUCUACCACAACAAUGUAUACAUGCCUUUCUUCACUGCCGGAGAUAAGAACAACGACGGAAGAAUAGAUCUUAAUGAGGGACACCAGGCAUUCGAUUUCUUUGACAGAAAUGCUGAUGGUGAAAUAACGACUUUGGAGUUUUCGCAAACCUGGACUCACACAAUGAAGAGCAAUUCAAACGUUAACCCUGGUAACCAGCAGAACAAUGGGGUCAAUUCAAAUGCUAACUCUGGUAACCAGCAGAAGAUUGGGGUCAAUUUAAAUGCAAACACUAGUAACCAGAAGAACACGGGGGUUAAUUUAAAUGCAAACUCUGGUAAUCAGAAGAACACGGGGGUCAAUUCAAAUGCAAACUCUGGUAACCAACCGAACACUUUGGUCAGUUCAAAUGUUAACCCUGGUAACCAGCAGAACAUUGGGGUCAAUUCAAAUGUUAACUCUGGUAACCAGAAGAACACGGGGGUCAAUUCAAAUGUUAACUAUGGUAACCAACCGAACAACUGGGUCAGUUCAAAUGCAAACACUGGUACCCAGAAGAACGCGGGGGUCAAUUCAAAUGUUAACUCUGGUAACCAACCAAACACUUGGGUCAGUUCAAAUAUUAAUCCUGGUAACCAGCAGAACAUUGGGGCCAAUUCAAAUGCAAACUCUGGUAACCAGAAAAACACGGGGGUCAAUUCAAAUGUUAACUCUCGUAAUCAGCAGAACAUGGGGUUCAAUUCAAAUGUUAACUCAGGUAACCAGCAGAACAUGGGGAUCAAAUCCAAUGUUAACUUUGGUAACCAGCAAAACAUAGGGGUCAACUCGAAUGUUAACUCUCGUAAUCGACAGAACAUGGGGGUCAAUUCAAAUGCGAACUUAGGUAAGCAGAUGAACACAGGAGCCAAUUCAAAUGUUAACUCUGGUAACCAACCUAACAUUUGGGUCAAUUCAAAUGUUAAUCCUGGUAACCAACAAAACACGGGGAUCAAUUCAAAUGGAAACCAUGGUUACCAGAAGAACAUUGGAGUCAGCUCCAAUGUUAAUGUUGAUAACCAACAUAAUACAGGGUUCAAUUCACAUGUUAAUCCUGGUAAACAGCAAAACAUCGGACCCAAUGUAAAUGGAAAACAUGGUAACCAACAAAAUACGAUGUUCAAUUCAAAUGUAAACUUUGAUCAACUUUAUAACAUUUUCAAACAAAAUGGAAACCGUGGUAACCAAAACAACAUUGGGGUCAAUUCGAAUGUUAACCGAGGUAAUCAACAAAACACAGGGUUCGGUUCAAAUAUGAACCGUGGCAACCAACAGAACACGGGAUCCAAUUAUCAGCAGAACAUAGGGUUCAGUACAAUUAAUCCUGGUAACCAGCAGAACAUGGGGUUCAAAUCAAAUAUUAACACUGGUAACCAGCAGAGCAUGGGGUUUAAUUCAAAUGUAAACCAGGGUUAUCAACCUCACCUGGGGAUGAAUAACGUAGCGUUUCAACAAGCAUGGAAUUAUAUUCAGACGUAAACCGUAGUUACCAGUACGAGAUUGGAUCCAGUUAAAUUGGAAAGCAGCAAGGUGUUUCUUUGUACGAGAUAUAUUUAUGUUUCAAUAAAGUAUUGACUAGGUGUU